AUGAAUACUCUCUCAGUUAGGGCUCCCAUGAGGGCUGCGGCGAAGCCGCAGUACCACCUUGUUGUACGAACCUACUCGGGAGUUGCAGCAAAGACAUUGAAGCCCGCACGUGGAAUCAACAAGCGUACAGCGGUGUUCAGCCUCACACCCAAGCGUCCUAUCUCGUCAACACCUCAGAAAAACAACAAGGACUUCUUCCCACCACCCAAGACUCCUAAUGUCAAGCAGGUGCAAACAGCCUGGGUGCAUCCAGUAUACUCCGAGGAACAAAUGGAAAAUAUUCGCAUAGCCCACAGACAAGCUUCAAACUGGUCCGACUGGGUUGCCCUUGGAACAGUUCGUGUCUUCCGAUGGGGUAUGGACACAGCGACAGGAUACAGACAUCCUAAGCCCGGCGAGAACCUGCCGAAAUUCUUCAGAAUGACCGAGCAAAAAUGGUUAACUCGGUUUAUUUUCUUGGAAAGUGUGGCCGGUGUCCCCGGCAUGGUGGGCGGCAUGCUGCGUCAUCUCAGUAGUCUUCGCAAGAUGAAGAGGGACAAUGGAUGGAUUGAAACCCUACUUGAAGAAGCAUACAAUGAACGCAUGCACCUCCUUACCUUCCUAAAACUGGACAAACCAGGCUGGUUCAUGCGCUUUAUGGUUAUCGCAGCCCAGGGUGUCUUCUUCAACGGAUUCUUCCUGGCAUACGUGAUCUCCCCCCGUAUUUGCCACAGAUUUGUGGGAUACCUUGAGGAGGAGGCUGUCAUUACUUAUACUCGUGCUCUUGAGGAACUAGAGAGCGGCAAGCUUCCCGGGUGGGAGAAACUCGAGGCACCCGAUCUCUCGGUUAAAUACUGGCAGAUGCCAGAGGGUCACCGCAAAAUGAAGGACCUGCUGUUGUUUGUCCGCGCCGACGAAGCCAAGCACCGCGAGGUUAAUCACACCCUCGCCAACCUCAAUCAGACUUACGAUCCCAAUCCCUACCAGAUUGAGUACACCGAUCCGAACAAAAUCCACCCGACGAAGGACAUUGAUAACCUCAGGCCAGCUGGUUGGGAUCGCAAGGAGAUCUUUGGUCCUGAACCGAGAGGUGCGAAGGACAUUCAUGACCUCAAGCCAGCUGCUUGGGACCGCAAGGAGAUCUUUGUUGAACCGAGAGCUGUGAAGCAUUAA